ACACUCACUGGUGCACGCCGGGUUUGCGCAGCGCUCAGGUGAACAAGUGUGAUUUAAGCACUAAAUCCCAGCGUCCGACAGGGGGCGUGUCUUACCCACGGCCGGGUCAAGCGCUGCUUUCCAGAGGCGACUGGUUCUGAAACGGCUCUGCUCUCUCAUCGAGAAACAAGCAACUUCUUUGUGCUGUUCCUGUGACUCUUUCACGCUGACCAAGCGAUCUCCACUUCAAAUGCUGCGCGGCAGUGCGACGGCAGCUCACACCGCCGCUUGACUCGCUCCAAGUAUCCCCCCUUCUCCUAAAGCUGCCUGUGUCUCUCCCCCCAGAUGGAUUUUUUCAAACUGCGCCCUGCCUAGCAUGGAUUCCCCUUCAGGUCCCACACCAUCUCCUCCAUCAUCAUCAUCAUCAUCACCAUCAUUUUCUUCUUCAGCCUAGGACUAUUAUAUUUUCUUCUUGGUGCAGUGAGCCGGACACGCAGUCUUUUUCUUUUUCUUUUUGCCUCAUGGAUGUAAGGAGGCAGUCGACCAACCUGCCGGAGUGAAAGAGAAAAAACAUACACCUGGGAAAUAUACGGAUUCUGGGAGUAACAAUACUGUGCGGCGCACAAGCAACAUGAAGAUUAUUUCCCAGUUGAUGUCGAGCUGCAGGCUGCUACUGCUGCUAUUACAAUGUGUGGGAUAUUCUCAUGGGAUGCCACAUGUCUUGAGAUUCGGAGGGAUAUUUGAGUCCAUCGAAAGUGGACCGUCGGGUGCUGAAGAACUAGCCUUUAAAUUUGCUUUAAACACAAUCAACAGAAACCGAACUCUACUGCCAAACACCACUCUGACAUAUGACAUCCAAAGGAUAAACAUCUAUGACAGCUUCGAGGCCUCCAGAAAAGCCUGUGACCAACUUUCGCUCGGAGUGGCAGCUAUAUUUGGGCCUUCUCACAGUUCCUCAGCUAAUGCUGUCCAGUCCAUCUGUAAUGCACUGGGGGUGCCUCACAUCCAGACUAAGUGGAAGCACCAGGUUUCAGACAACAGAGACAUCUUCUAUGUCAGCCUAUAUCCAGACUUCUCAUCCUUGAGCAGAGCAAUCCUGGAUUUGGUCUACUUCUUCAAGUGGAAAACAGUUACAGUUGUUUAUGAUGACAGCACUGGUCUAAUUCGAUUACAAGAACUUAUCAAGGCCCCAUCACGGUACAACAUUCGAUUAAAGAUCCGGCAGCUUCCAGCAGAGACCAAAGAUGCCAAACCGCUUUUAAAGGAGAUGAAGAGAGGGAAGGAGUUUCACAUCAUCUUUGACUGUGGACAUGAAAUGGCUGCUGGGAUCCUAAAACAGGCUCUUGCUAUGGGGAUGAUGACAGAAUACUAUCAUUAUAUUUUUACCACACUGGAUCUGUUUGCCCUUGAUUUGGAGCCAUAUCGGUACAGUGGUGUAAAUAUGACUGGCUUUCGGAUUCUCAACACCGAGAACAGCCAGGUGGCUUCCAUCAUAGAGAAGUGGUCCAUGGAACGACUUCAGGCUCCCCCUAAACCUGAAUCUGGUCUACUGGAUGGCUUCAUGACAACGGAUGCAGCCCUAAUGUAUGAUGCCGUGCAUGUGGUGGCCGUGGCUGUGCAGCAGUCUCAGCAGAUCACCGUCAGCUCAUUACAGUGUAACCGACAUAAGCCUUGGCGCUUUGGGAACCGCUUCAUGGCCCUCAUCAAAGAGGCCCACUGGGACGGCCUGACUGGGAGAAUAACUUUCAACCGGACCAAUGGCUUGAGGACAGACUUCGACCUUGAUGUUAUCAGCCUGAAGGAGGCGGGGUUGGAGAAGAUUGGCACAUGGGACCCUCCAAGUGGCCUGAACAUGACGGAUAACCAGAGAGGGAAGACGACUAACGUAUCAGAUUCCUUAUCCAACCGGUCCCUCAUCAUCUCAACUAUCCUGGAGGAGCCGUAUGUGAUGUUCAAGAAGUCUGAUAAGCCUCUGUAUGGGAAUGACCGCUUUGAGGGCUACUGCAUCGACCUGCUGAGGGAGCUUUCCAACAUCUUGGGCUUUACCUAUGAAAUCCGCUUAGUAGAAGAUGGAAAAUAUGGUGCCCAGGAAGAAAGCACAGGCCAGUGGAAUGGCAUGGUUAAGGAGCUAAUGGAACAUAGAGCUGAUCUGGCAGUGGCGCCUCUUGCCAUCACAUUCGUGCGUGAGAAGGUUAUUGACUUCUCCAAGCCCUUCAUGACAUUGGGUAUAAGUAUACUCUACCGCAAGCCAAACGGGACCAACCCAGGGGUCUUCUCCUUCCUCAACCCCCUCUCGCCCGAUAUCUGGAUGUAUAUUCUGCUGGCUUACUUGGGUGUCAGUUGUGUGCUGUUUGUCAUAGCCAGGUUUAGUCCCUACGAGUGGUAUAACCCGCACCCUUGCAACCCUGACUCGGAUGUAGUGGAAAACAAUUUCACCCUGCUUAAUAGUUUCUGGUUCGGAGUUGGAGCUCUCAUGCAGCAAGGAUCUGAACUCAUGCCGAAAGCCCUCUCCACCAGAAUUGUCGGAGGAAUCUGGUGGUUUUUUACUCUCAUCAUCAUUUCCUCCUACACGGCAAACCUUGCAGCCUUCCUCACUGUGGAGAGGAUGGAGUCGCCUAUUGACUCUGCUGAUGACCUUGCCAAGCAGACCAAGAUAGAGUAUGGAGUGGUCGAGGAUGGUGCUACGAUGACUUUCUUCAAGAAAACCAAGAUCUCCACUUAUGAUAAAAUGUGGGAAUUCAUGAGCAGUCGGCGGCAUUCAGUGAUGGUGAAGAAUGUUGAAGAGGGGAUUCACAGAGUACUCACAUCAGAUUAUGCUUUCCUCAUGGAGUCGACAAGCAUUGAGUUUGCCACACAACGCAACUGCAACCUCACCCAGAUUGGAGGCCUUAUUGACUCACAAGCCUAUGGGGUUGGCACUCCAAUGGGCUCUCCAUACAGAGACAAGAUCACUAUUGCCAUCCUGCAGCUUCAGGAGGAAGGCAAGCUGCACAUGAUGAAGGAGAGGUGGUGGCGAGGAAACGGCUGCCCGGAAGAGGAAAGUAAGGAGGCCAGUGCCCUCGGGGUGCAGAACAUUGGCGGAAUCUUCAUAGUUUUAGCCGCCGGACUUGUGCUCUCCGUGUUCGUGGCAGUGGGAGAGUUUCUUUACAAGUCCAAGCAAAGCGCCGAACUCGAAAAGGCCCAAUGGCGACAACGAGAUAAGAAACAGGUCCCUCUGCAGAGUCAUGGUGGACGAACUGAGGGUGUCACUGAAGUGCCAGCGCAGGCUCAAACACAAGCCUCAGCCGCCCGUCAUGGUGAAAACGGAGGAGGUUAUCAACAUGCACACCUUCAACGACCGCAGACUGCCAGGGAAAGAGACCAUGGCAUGAAAUGGGAAUCACUUUCUCACCCUCACCUCCGCAAUGAGGAGGCAUGUAGAGACACUUGGAACAACCGUGGGGGAAACUGGUAAAAGGGAGGGAAGUACACUUUGGGUUAUUUUUGACAUUGAGCAGAGAGAGUUGCUUGAGAGUGCAUUGACAAAAAGUCAUUCGUAUUAAAGAUUAACUUGGAUUCAAUAAUAUUUCCUGUGGAAAUAACUUGAGCCGAGGAGAAAUUUCAGCUAGUUACCUCACGACUCCUAUCACAAUAAUAAGGCGCAAAGUACAGGUAGUGGAGUUUUAAUGGCAGAGGUUGGAAUUUUCCAUUUUUAACAAUGGUGGAAUGGACCCUGUCAUCGUCAUAUUAAGUUACUUAAAAACUGCAGCGGCAACGUGAACAUCUUAAUCACAGAUUUCUUUGCUAUGGCCAUAGGUAAAUUACAUAGAGAGAACUGGAAACGAGCAACAAAUGUUUUGUCUAUUUUGAAACAUAGAUAGAAGGAGCAAAAAGGCUCUCAACUCACGUUAGCCCCAAGCCUCAAAGACUGCAACGAGUGCAGCUGAUUUCUAUUUGUGUGGGGGAAGCACUGUAUUUCUUUGUCACAUAACGUGUAAUUAAUUGAGGAAAAAAAAAGAUCUCAUCCAUCGGGCAAUAAGUGAUGUUUUAUUUGUUUCAGAGUACUACAACUUUUAGUCUUUAAAUGUAGUGUAUGGGAAAGAUGCAGAAAUAUAACCAAAGGAUGCAUGGUUUAGCGCUGAUAUAGCAAGCUGUCGAGUUCCAUGUAUUGUAUCCACCUGUCGUCGUAACUCGGGAUUAAAUGAAGCGCAUACACCAUUAUCUUCAAUUUAGAGGAAUCGUAGGAUGUGAUUGGCACAGCUCCAUUGAUCCACGGAAAUCACACGCUAGGAAAUUGUAUUUAUUCAGGUAUUUAUUGUUUUAUUUAUGAAAUUCUUGGUUUAUAAAGACAGGAUUUUCACUGCGGCAGCAAAUCUCAAGCUCACGUGUGUAUGAGUAUGCUAAAGUUUCUGACAAUAUGCUCUGUGUAAUGUCUCUUGUGGCUUUUUUUCAUUUUCUUUACGACAAAUCUAAUAUUUAUGUGCAUUUACAAUUUGUAAGAAAAUAUGUUUUGUACAAAGGGAACCAUCAUUUUGUCUUGGUUUUUACCAUCAUGAACAUCACUAUAAGGAGUGUCAUUCAUGGUCGUAGGGCAGGGGCGUAGCCCUCAUUUCACAAGUGUGGGGACAGAUUGUUCAGGAGUCAAGCUAUGUUUACAGUGUUCUUGGUGGCUAUGGCAGUUUUCAGGCCACAGUAGACUAAACGGGAUGGUCGUAUAACAAAAAAAAAGGCUAAAAUCCCACAACACACUAAAUUUCGGAUAAAUGGGGCUGUUGUGAGCACCAGAAAAGUAGUGCAAACAUAUCUUAAGGCAACCUCUAUGAGCAAAUGAUAAUUCUCCCAAGGUUCCACUUAUUAAAAAUAACCAAACUGGAUAAGGUAAAACACAACGACAGUAAAUAUUGAAUAGCUAAAUAACUAAAGGACAUAUUGUAUCAAUUGUGCUCAAGUCAGAAAGGGCCGUAGCACCGCAUGCUCCCGCCAUACCAAUUAUGUCACGAAUGCACCGUCAUGGAAUGGACGCACACUUGGUGGAACGACCGUCAAAUCAGGGCAAAUUCAGCCUGUCAAAUUUCGUCAAGUGCUUUUUCUCCUAACGACUGAAGCACCUUUUCCUUUUAAGCACUCCAGAGGCUGAAGUACGAUCAGUCAUAUUGCACAUUUUGAUUGAUUUCAUCUGCAACGUUUCUGUCAAUUGGCAUCCUUGUGCUGAUGCGGAGGUAGGGAGGGGUUGAGGGGGGCACACCUGGCCAUUAUAUGCUCACCGACUGUCCAAUGGCCAUAAUGUAUCCCUACUGCAUUCCCCCGACGGCUGAAACUUUGAUAUUCGAUUCUAUUAACCCUUUCGUGCACCCUGUAACCCAAUAUGAGAAGAUGUCCCUGAAAGAUUUAAUUGGUGAAAAAGCAGUCAGUGCCAGCAGCUUUUUUUUUUUCACCUGCAAGGAGCAUUUCCGAAUGCUUGAAGGUGGGUUGGAGUUUGGGGAUCACAACUACAGUCAUUGUAAUCGAGUAAUAGAUUUUUAAUCUUCUGUUAUUUAUUAUUUGAUCUGGUGUGGUGUGUUAGGAUUUGCUUAUGUGUGUUUGACCACAUGGACGCAUCAUUAGGCAAUCUGAUAAACUCCCAAUUGCUUUGUACUGGCUCCAAACAGACAUUCAGUCUUGAGCAUAAUACUCAGAUGAAUUACUUUGUUUCGAUUUAUUAAAUACAGAGUGCAAAAAAACACACAUGCUCCUUCAUGCUUUGUAAAUUUCCCCAUUGUGGGACAAAUAAAGGAUAUCUUAUCUUAUCAAAGUAACCAGUUAGAUGAGGCGACCGUGACUUAGAAGGAAAAGCGGGUCAUCCGGUAUCCGUGUCGCGUCGUCGUGUCUUGGGCAAGACACUUUGCUAACCUUGCCUUCGGUAUCACACAUAUUGGUGUACUCACGGUGAAGCGUCUUUACGUGUGCCAGAAAAGCAAAAUAUGAAAGUGAUGCACAUUAUUAUUAUUAUUAUUCAAUGAGUCUUGCACACAUUCCUGGCGACGAUUAGUAUCACGUUCGGAUCCACUAAACAAUAUAGUUUCACAUUAUCCAAAUAGAUCCCUAUGGAAUUCACGUCUCAUGAAAGCGCCACGCUCCCGAAAUUGGGGCCACCGCGGACUUUUAGACUUCAGCAAUCUGUACCUCUUUGGUGGUUAUGCAUUGUCAGAGGUCUGGACAGGAGAAUCGGCAUGCCUUGAAAAUGUGUAAGCAUCUAUUUAAAAAAUAUAUUUGAGCACAAGGGGGGCGGGGGGAUAUGGCCCUAAAUGUCUAAUGGCAAGACUGAACACAAAAAACUUUGGUUAGUUAAAAAUCUAUCCAACAAAUUUAUUGCACUCAAAGUAAAAAUGAAUGAAAAGGUUUUGAGGCUGUUUUCCCCCAUGUGAAUACUGAAUGGUUUAGUCCUACAUGAAAUCAACCAAAUGACUUUUAGCAAAGCAAAACUUUCAUGGCCAUCAGCUUAGACUGAAAACUGAUCAACAUCAGCUGACAUUUUUGACAAUUUGAAAUAGGAAACACUAAUACCACAACACGAGAAACUAGGAUCAACAUACCCAGAAUAAGUGCAUGCCAGCAUGAAAAAUACAACAAGGUUUUUUGACCGGCAGCAAGCAAUCUGUUUGUCUCACCUGCUGUCCACAUGAUUAAUCGUCUGUGACAAAUGUUGAGGAUACAUUCAAGCAGGGCUUGACAUUAACUUUGCUCAACAGCCACCAUGGCUCAAGGUUUUCCAGAGUUACUACUCACUUGACAUUUUCACCAGCCACAAUUUUGUUGUGGGAGGAUAAGGGUUUUGCACAAUUAAGUUCCAUAUUCGGUCUAACAGAUCUGACAUAAAAAUAAAAAGACAACUGAAAACAAAAUGAAAGUGGAAAAAUUUCCUGUCCAAGUACCAAUCAUGCAUCUGAUAAUCAGUAGACUAACUGCUUAAAAAGUUAGCAUUUGGCACCUCCGCAGCAAUAUGCGAGCAUUCAUUCUCCAGUGUGAGAAAUGCGUUUUUUGACCACAGGCAUACAAUGCUCCAUAAAAUAAAAGGACCGGUUCGUUCAGCUGCUGUUUGAGGGAUGUGACCUAACCGAGUGGAUGGACACCAACAUUGCCGUCACACACAGGAAAAUGCCCAGAAUACCAUCUCAACUCUUCUAAAGCAUGAGUUUAAAUUUUAACUAAUGUCUCCUGUGGAAAUAAUUGUUUAAUAUUGAAUGUGUGUGGGCGGCCCGGUAGUCCAGUGGUUAGCACGUCGGUUUCACAGUGCAGAGGUACCGGGUUCGAUUCCAGCCUCCCUGUGUGGAGUUUGCAUGUUCUCCCCGGGCCUGCGUGUGUUUUCUCCGGGUGCUCCGGUUUCCUCCCACAUUCCAAAAACUUGCGUGGCAGGCUGAUUGAACACUGUAAAUUGUCCCUAGGUGUGAGUGUGAGUGUGAAUGGUUGUUCGUUUCUGUGUGCCCUGCUAUUGGCUGGCAACCAAUUCAGGGUGUCCCCCGCCUACUGCCCGAAGACGGCUGGGAUAGGCUCCAGCACCCCCCGCGACCCUAUUGAGGAUCAAGCGGCUCAGAAGAUGAAUGAAUGAAUGAAUGAAUGAAUGAAUGAAUGUGUGUGAGCGUGUGUAGCUAUCGUGGCAUAUCGCUUUUAGAAGGUUUGUGUGCGUGCGAUUGUGUAUGCGUGCGUGUGCUGCGCAAAAGUGCUCUAGUACUGACAGUUCACAGGAGGGGUUUCAAGUUCCUCUGCUGCUUUCCAGUGCUUGACUCGUGAGUGUUGACUAAAAAUGCUGCCUUUGCGUGAACACACCGUUUCGUUUUGUUUUUAAAUUCACCAACCAUGCACGGUGAAGCAUGCAGAGUUAUUCAUAUUUCUCACAGAUCAAAGAGGAUCCAUUUUAGCACUAUAAUGUGUAUCCAAAUACCAAACGCAGAAAAGUAAAUCGUCGGCUGCCACUGCAGAAAUUCAAACGCAUUGACGUGUUGUUGGGUGUUAAUGUCAAGGCCUGUGUUGUAAAAAAAAAAAAAAAUGUUACGACUUGAAAAAGGAACUAAAUCUGUAAACCUCCCCAUCUACGCCCCUGCUGAAUGGUACUCCAGACUGGCAGUCAAAAGGCUAUCCUAAACACUGAGCUGACUUUCAGUCUUUCAAGGAUGAGAGUUGCAGUAAAUUUCCUCACUUUGGGAUGCUCUCUUUUUACCACAGAGUGACCCAUUGAUGUUUUGAAGAAGAAAACCUUUUUUAUCGUGUUAAAAAAAAGAAAAAACUACAAAUAGAAAUAUUUUUACUUCACAUGACAGAUGAAUAUCGAGAACAUAGUUGGAAAAAAAACAGGAUGUAUUUCCACAAAAGAUGAAAGUCUCAACAAGAUGCCUAAUCAUUUUGUGAGCCUAAUUCAUGAUAGUUACGAUUCAGAGUUAAGCCAACGUGAUUUUUUUUUAAUGUAUUCAAGAAAACAUCGAUUUGUUGUGAAAACUAAAUUCAGUGCACUGUUUACCCUUUGAAGUUGAUGCACAAGUUCAAAGCAAAUAAAGUACAAUGUUCACCUAA